AUGGGUGUUCUGGGAUUCAAGAAGUGUCCAUCUCAACAUGCUGUCUACUGCCGUGGUGUGGGUUUUGAGAGGCAUGUUGUGGGGGUCUAUGUGGAUGACUUAAUUAUCACAGGAUCUAGCUGCAAUAGCAUCAAGAGGUUCAAGGCACAGAUGGCAGAGAUCUUCAAGAUGAGUGAUCUUGGGCUACUCACCUAUUAUCUGGGCAUUGAGGUGAAGCAGAAUGAUGAGGGAAUCACACCAUCUCGAGGAAGCUAUGUGCAGAAAAUUCUUGAGAAAGCUGGCAUGGAGGAAUGUAAUCCAUGUGAGGUACCCAUGCAGACAAAGCUGAAGCUCAGUAAGGAGAGUGAUAGCCCUCGAGUGGAUGCAACUGAAUACAGGAGCUUGGUUGGGAGCUUGAGGUAUCUGGUAAAUACUUUAUCUGAUUUGGCUUUUUCAGUUGGGUAUGUGAGCAGAUUUAUGGAGGAGCCCCAUGAAGAGCAUCUAGCAGCAGUGAAGCACAUUCUGAGAUACGUUGCUGGAACUAGUGAUUGGGGGCUCAGGUAUACAAGGAAGAAGGGAGAUAAACCUGUACUCUUGGGUUCCAGUGAUAGUGAUCUGGCUGGUGAUGAUGUUGAUAGCAGGAAGAGCACUUCUAGGGUCAUCUUCUUUCUUGGGGACAGUCCAAUCAGUUGGCAGUCGGCAAAGCAGAAGGUUGUAGCACUGUCAAGUUGUGAAGCUGAAUAUAUAGCUGCUGCAACUGCUGCCUGUCAAGCUGUUUGGUUAGCAUGGCUGCUAGCUGAGAUCCUGAAUUCAGUUGUGAGCAGAACUGUGCUGAGGGUGGACAACAAGUCCACAAUCUCGCUUGUCAAGAACCCUGUGCAUAAUGACCGGAGCAAAUACAUUGACAUAAGAUUUCAUUUAAUCCGGGAAUAUGCACACAAUGGGCAGAUUGAGGUGAGUUUCAUCAGAACAAGUGAGCAACUAGGUGAUGUCCUGAUAAAACCUCUUUGCAAGACCAAGUUUCAGAAACUCUGCACCAAGAUCGGCCUUCAUACCUGUAAGGAGUUCAGGGCACAAGAUUUAGGAGGAGAUUUGUUGAAUAACUCUUGUGCCUAG